AUGGGCGCCAAGCAGUCGCGUGUGGCGAUGUCAGAGCCGGUAUCAGAGCUGCGCCCGGAGGAGGUUUACGAGGAGGAGACACGUGCCUCCAUCCGCCUCACGCCGGCACUUAUCGACCAGAUUAAUGGCACGCACGCGGCUUCUAACGCGGCCAAGCAGACAGCAGUCGGCCUCAACCCACAACAGCACGCAGUCAUGAAGAAACAGCUGCAAAUGGCCUACGCUAAGGGGGCCGAUGACUACCGCAAGAAAGUGGAGGUAGAGCGUCAGCAGGAAAAGCAGGCAUCCAUUGGUGCGCCGAGUCUAGCGCAGCAGGCGCAGCUCGCAAAGGAGCAGGAGGAGCGCGAGAACCAGCGCGUAGAGCAGCUUGUGGUCGAGAUUAACAAGAAAAAGUUCCGUGCGCCGCUCCGUGACGUGCAGUGCUCACCUGAACGCGAGGCGUGCUUGCAGUGCUAUAGAGACAAGCAGAGUGACGUGUUGAAGUGCAAGGAAGUAGCCGACGCCUUUGUGCGAUGCGCUCGGCAAAACACCGAGAAAUUUAUCGGAGAGAACUAA